AUGGCCACGCCUCAAUCUACGACAUCCUACCAGGGCGCCGAGCCCGCCGAGGCCAAGACGCUCGAGCAAAUCACGUUUCGCUUCUGCUCCGAGUGCUCCAACAUGCUGUAUCCCAAGGAAGACGAGGAGGCGCACAAGCUGCAAUUCACCUGCCGCACCUGCCAGUACACCGAGGACGCCCGCUCCACAUGUGUCUUCCGCAAUAUUCUCAACAACUCGGCCGGCGAGACGGCCGGCGUCACCCAAGACGUCGGCGCCGAUCCUACGGUUAGUGACCACGACGCCCUUCCAGUUUGCCUCCACUGCGGCAUUGCCAUCACGUGCAACACGUGCGAUGCCGUAAGCCCCGACUAUACGGUGACCACAGUGCCCCGCGAGCAGAACGCGGAUUACAUGGCGGCGUUUGCUUCCAAUGUUGGCUGGACCGAGGAGGACCUCUUCGACGAGUUUGGCGAUGAGGCUGUGAUGGACUUUGGAGAUGGGGUCCGUUCGUCGUCGCCAUCGACAGACAGCGAACGUCAAUCGGCAUAG